GAUGGGAAUGUCAAUACAGGGUGUAACUACCUGUGGUGAUUAUAUAUACAGCGGUCAUACGGUGAAUAUGGUGGCCGUUACUUUAACGCUUAUUGAAUACAGCCCUCAAACUUUCACAUUGCUUCACUGGAUAUUUAGACUACUAUGCUUAGCAGCUAUGAUUCUUCUUCUCAUAGCUCAUGAACACUACACUGUCGAUGUCAUACUUGCAUUAUAUAUAACCUCGCAAAUGUUUACAAAUUAUCAUAUGCUGGCCGAAAAUCCAAGUAUUAGAAAUUCUCAGCUGGCUCAUAGAAAACUUGCUAACCUAUGGUAUCCUUUGGUUCGCUUUUUUGAGGAGAACAUUCAAGGACCUGUGCCUAACGAAUACGAGUGGCCAUUCGGUUCGCCCGACUCGACUGGAACCCGUCAUUUAUCUUUUAAUGUAGGAUGUGUUGCAAGAUUAUGGUGUGCUAUGAAUGCUGAAAUUUGUAGAAGGCUUGGCUCUAAGGGAGGAAGACCCAGUAUAACUUGA